AUGAAAGUGAUGGUGCUGUUAUUAGACAAGGCAUCACCAAGUGAGACUGACCAUGGCUUAUUGGACCCGUUCGUGUCGCUAGCAGAAUUUUCCGUUUCGCCUCCAGGUGGAUUCAGAGAUCAUCCUCACAGAGGUUUUGAAAGUGUUACAUACAUGCUACAGGGAGGAAUAAUUCACCAAGACUUCAAUGGUCAUAAGGGUACAAUCUAUGAAGGAGAUGUUCAGUGGACGACAGCAGGAAGAGGGAUCGUUCAUUCCGAAAUGCCUGCAGAAGAAAUCAACAACGGCUUACAGCUUUGGAUCAACCUCCCUUCUACAUACAAAAUGAUCGAGCCAAAAAACCUAGAGAUAUCGAGUUCAGAGAUUCCAAUAGCAGAGGAAGAUGGAGUAGAGGUCAAAGUCAUAGCCGGAGAGUCAAUGGGAGUUCAAUCACCAUUCUACACAAAAACACCAAUUAUGUUUCUUGACUUUACUCUCGAGCCAAGAGCUCAAACCCACCAGACUGUUCCAGCGUCAUGGACUGCCUUUGCCUACAUAAUUGAAGGCGAUGAAGGUGUGUUUAGCUCCUCGGACUCUUCAACAGUACAAGCAAACAAUGUUGUGGUGUUUGGAACAGGGGAUGAAGUUAGCGUGUGGAAUACGUCAAGCUCUAGGCCGUUGAGGUUCUUGUUGAUUGCAGGGGAACCGAUAGGCGAGUCCGUGGUUCAGCAUGGUCCCUUUGUGAUGAACUCUCAGGCUGAGAUUGAUAUGACCAUUGGGGACUAUCGCAAUGGCAGGAAUGGCUUUGAAAUGGCCAAGUAUUGGAGGUCAGAGUGA